AUGUCUCCCAACGUUCUAAGGUGGUUAAGCCUCGUCGCUGUCCUCUGGCUUCAAUCUUUCAAUGGCACUAACUUGAGUUUCCCAGCUUACUCCUCACAGCUCAAAGAGUUUCUCUCUAUCUCUCAGUUUAAGCUAAACUAUCUGUCUUUCGCCUCCGACGCCGGGAAAGUACUCGGUUUCAUCUCCGGGAUCGCCGCCGUUUAUCUUCCUCUCCCUCUUGUCCUUCUCGCCGGAGGUACACUAGGGUUUGCCGGCUACGGUCUCCAGUAUCUCUCCAUCGCCAAAAAGAUUAUAUGUUGGAUCAACACGGCUUGUUACAUCGUAGCGAUCAACAGUUUCCCGGUGAACCGUCAAGUUGCCGUGGGGAUCACGGCGAGUUAUCAAGGUUUGAGUGGGAAGAUAUACACCGACAUGGUUAACUCGUUUUUCAACUCGUCUCCAAGCGAAGCAGCUUCUGGUUAUCUCUUGCUCAACUCACUCGUUCCAUUGGUGGCUUGUCUCGUGACGGCUCCUAUAUUGAGGAGACACGGAGGAGACAACACGACGUCUUCUUCAAAGGAUGCUAAAGUAGGGUUCAUCGUUUUGUUCGUGGUGACUAUAGCCACAGGGGUUUACGCCGUGGCUACGAGUCUUCUCACGGCUCCUGCGGUUUUAGUACUAGUUGGCAUUGCUCUGUUUCUUCUUGCUCCUCUCGCUAUACCAAUAGGAGUUGUAUUCAAAGAGCUUGUGUCCUCUAGAAAAACACACCAAAAGGUACACGAUCUUGAAGCUCCCGAGAAAUUCCAAGUCAUAGAAGAAGAUAACACCAAAGAAGCAGAAGAAGAAUUUGAGAAGGCAAUAGUUGGAGUUAAAGAAGAGGUCGAGUGGACACAACUAUGGAAGAAACAUGAUUUUUGGAUAUAUUUCGGACUUUACUUAUGCGGUCCAACGGUUGGGCUAGUGUUUAUGAACAAUCUUGGUCAGAUCGCUGAGUCUCGUGGCUGCACCGCAACUAGUUCCUUGGUUGCUCUGUCUUCGUCGUUUGGUUUUUUUGGCCGCUUGCUUCCUUCGUUACUCGACUACUUCUUCUCUAGAAGCAAAUACAUGCCAUCAAGUCCUGUUUCUAUGGCGGUUUCAUUGGUAGCCAUGGUAGCUUCGUUUCUCCUCCUCCUCGUCGACUCUGACAUCUCUCUCUUUGUUAGCACGGCGGUGAUCGGAGUCUUCUCCGGAGCCUUGACGUCACUAUCCGUGACAACGACUGCGGAGCUUUUUGGGACGAAGCAUUUUGGAGUUAACCACAACAUUGUUGUCUCAAACAUUCCUAUUGGAUCUUUUGCUUUCGGUACGUUAGCAGCUAAAGUUUACCGCGACGGAGCCUCCCUUUACGGAGAUGACGGCAAGUGUUUUGGGAUGCAUUGCUUUCAAACCACUUUGGUGUUUUGGGGAAUGCUCUGUUCGAUCGCCGCUCUUCUCGCCUCCGUUUUGUAUGUACGCAACCGUAAGUUCUAUUCACAUAAGCCGUAG